CCAUUGACACACCAGCCAAUGUCAUCGUGGCGCUGACUUUUCUGUUCGUGAGCUAGCAGCGCUAGUACCCACAUUUUGCAACUCUGUUCAGCCUGCAUCAUCUGUCGUCCACCGGCUAGAGCUUUCACUCUGCUCCCCGGCUCAUCCCCCGUGUGUAGCCUCAAAACAUGGCGGCCCUCAAAGCUUUGUGCAGAGCGGAGAAUUUAAUCUUCAAAAACCUCUCAGGUCCCUACAGAACCAAAUUAAACCUCGUUAACCACCAGUUGAGCAAGAUCUGUGGCUGUUACUUGUCCACCUCUAGCCAGAGAAGUUCACAGUUCUACUCAGAUCCUGCAGAGGCGGUAAAAGAUAUCCCAAAUGGAGCUACCAUUCUGGUGGGAGGCUUUGGAUUAUGUGGUAUCCCGGAGAAUCUUAUCAACAGUUUACUGAAGACGGGUGUUAAGAGUCUCACUGCUGUCAGCAACAAUGCAGGAGUGGAUAACUUCGGCCUGGGCCUGCUGCUCCAGACCAAGCAGAUCAAGAGGAUGAUCUCCUCAUAUGUUGGAGAGAAUGCAGAGUUUGAGCGACAGUAUCUGGCAGGAGAGUUGGAAGUGGAACUCACACCACAGGGCACUCUUGCAGAGAGGAUCAGGGCUGGAGGUGCUGGGAUUCCAGCCUUCUUCACAGCCACAGGCUAUGGCACACUGAUCCAAGAGGGAGGCUCUCCCAUCAAGUACAACAAAGAUGGCAGCAUUGCCAUCGCCAGUGAGAAGAGACAGGUGCAAGAGUUCAAUGGCAGGCACUACAUCAUGGAAAAGGCCAUCACCGGAGACUUUGCAUUGAUCAAAGCAUGGAAGUCCGACAGGGCUGGAAACAUUAUUUUCAGGAAAACAGCCAGGAACUUCAAUCAGCCCAUGUGCAAGGCAGCCAAAACCACUAUAGUUGAGGUGGAGGAGGUGGUGGACGUUGGGACCUUUGCUGAAGAGGACAUCCACAUACCCAGCAUCUAUGUCCACAAGGUUGUCAAGGGAGCCAGCUACGAGAAAAGGAUUGAGAAACGCACAGUAAGGAAAAGCCAGGAACAGAAGCCCAAACCAAAGAAGGACUCGGAUAUUGUUCGGGAAAGGAUCAUUCGCCGGGCUGCUCUGGAGUUUGAGGAUGGGAUGUACGCAAACCUUGGUAUAGGUAUCCCCAUGUUGGCGAGCAACUUCAUAAAACCAGACAUCACUGUACAUCUUCAAAGUGAAAAUGGAAUUUUGGGACUGGGCCCGUACCCCACUGAGGAUGCGGUGGAUGCGGACCUGAUUAACGCUGGAAAGGAGACCGUCACAGUGCUCCCUGGGGCUGCUUAUUUCUCCAGUGAUGAGUCAUUUGCCAUGAUCCGUGGGGGUCACAUCAACCUGACAAUGCUGGGAGCCAUGCAGGUGUCAAAACACGGAGACCUAGCCAACUGGAUGAUCCCUGGUAAGAUGGUGAAGGGAAUGGGAGGAGCAAUGGAUUUGGUGGCCAGCGCUGGAACCAAGGUGGUGGUCACCAUGGAGCACUCAGCUAAGGGAGGAAAACACAAGAUAUUGGACAAAUGCAGUCUGCCUUUGACAGGGAAACAGUGUGUGGAUCGUAUCAUCACAGAAAAGGCUGUGUUUGAUGUGGAUAACACAAAAGGCCUGACUCUGAUAGAAGUAUGGGAGGGGCUCACUCCUGAGGAUAUCAAGGCAUGCACUGGCACAGAUUUUGAGGUGUCUCCCAACCUGAGGGCCAUGCAGCAAAUCUAGAGGAAGCUGGCAAAGGAUCUGAGAUGUGUUUUCGGUUUGUGUCACUUCAUUUCUCUGUGGUAAAAAGUUGGUGUUUUAGCAGCCUUUAGAUGGGCCAAAUGAACUUCUAAACCACAAGUGCUUCUGCUCAGUUCCCUGGUAUUUAGCAAGCAAAUAUCAAAAGGAUUUAGUCCUCACUAGUAUUAACUGAAUGGGAGCCAACAUGCAUGGUUGUUCUUUCCGAUCUGAUAUGACAAAUGAUUAGGGAACAUUGCAUUGUUGCCUUUUACACCAUUAAGUUAGUAAUUCAAGUUUGUGCAGCUAUUACUAAAUAAGCCAUCUGAUAUUACAUUAAAAACUGAAAUUGUUCUUUAUAUGUUAUCUACGAAAAAUGCAACGUUACUAUUAAGUACUGUGAACAAAAAUUAUGCAAUAACCUCACAAAUAUUUCAUCACUAAUCAUUUUUCCUGUAGGAUCAAUAAGCUUCUGUGACGCGAUACACAGAACUGCAGUAACAAACGUGUUCUGUAGCUCAGGUGAUUUCUCAUUAACAGAGGAGAGUAUGUAUGUAUCUUUAAACUUGUGCUGCACCAAAUAGCAAAUGUAAGAUAUCUUUUCUCCAUUUAGAAAAUGAAAUAUGCAGUAUUGAAGUGUGAUACUAAGCUCUCCCACAAAGACAUACUGUUUGAUGAACUAUGUCAACCUGUGUUGUUUUGUUUUAUUUUCUCUCAGCCACAUAUAUUUCAGCUGUUGAGUUGAUGGGUAUGUCAUGCAUUUCAGCCAGAAAACAUGAAGCCUCAACAUUUUGUACUCAGACAUUUGCUGUUCUCCUGCCUUUGUAUAUUAAAUAAAACACAACUUUGUGUGCUGAGUGGAAAA